AUGACGUCAUCGGAUUCAGAAGCAGAAGACGAUGUGUACUCGUUGUGUGUGCGUGACUCACCAUUUUGCAUUGACAUAGCUCUGCCGGAGGACCGGACUUCACUUCGUCAUAUAUCAGGAUUUGACAACACUGGCAAUGUGCGCAUAUGGCCUGGAGGUGAGGCUCUCGCCUAUUACUUGUCGAUCCGACCACCACUAGUGUCGGGGAAAUUGGUGCUGGAACUAGGAGCAGGGCUUGUUGGACUUCCGGGUUUUAUUGCUGCCAUAUAUGCAACACGGGUCAGAAUUACGGAUGGCAAUGAGCAUUCCGUAGCGUCAUUGAGGGAUAUAGCGAAACGAAACCCUCUUCCAAAUGUGGAAAUCGAGCAGUUGAGGUGGGGAGUUGGAACUGAGGAGAGAAAGUUUGACUUAAUUCUAGCCGCAGAUUGUGUAUUUUUUUCAGAAUAUUACGGAGAUUUGGAACUUCAAAAAUCUAUACAGGUUUCCGUACUGAAAUCUGCAGAUGACGUCUGUGAAGAAAUUAGGACACAAGGAGGAAGAGUACAGUUUGAUCCGGAAGUUGUUGCUCACGUGAGCGCGUUGGUCUGGGAUACAGUCAGCGAUGAAUGGACCUCCGAUCUGCUAGCAUUUUCCAGACAUGGUGGGCGUGAGACAGUGACUGUUUCCGAUGCAGCUUUAAUUCUGAGGAGAAAUCGGCGUUUGCUUGAGGCGUUGUCAGCGACAGCCGACAUCGACAUUGGUGAAUACGAACGUCCGCUUACGAAACGACAACGCGUUAACAAAGAAUCCAAGAUAAAGCGUGGCAACAGAUGUGAGGCCGGUGAUGGGGGACAAUUGUCAGAAGUAAGAUCGAAGCCUGUUCUGUCAUCUAGGGCUAUUGGUGCCAAAUGCGAACCAGAAAACGAAGAAGAGCUCGCGCUCAGAAACAUCGAUGAAGGGAAAGCUGAAGGCGAUAUUAUUGUUGAGGAAGCUCCUAUCGCGAAACCAUCAACGUCGAAUCAUAAGCCCGCCGAUACAGAAGAUGAUCGAAAGCAUUUCGACGAAGUCACCCUUUUUGUCAAUGGCCACGAUGACGGUGUAAGGGCUAGCGCUCAAGUCACUACUUCUGGAGAGGGUGCUGCUGGUCGUGAGAAUGUCUGCGAAGCGUCUUCCUAUAUGGGAGUUUGUAGCCCGAAAGCCUCUACUACAAAAUCACCUAGCCCGGACCUUUUCAGUACACCUUUGAAACGUGGCCUUGAUGAAGGGAGCGCGUCAGUCGAUCAUCUCGAUAUAUGUGCGCCAACGGAUCCGGUCAGCUCUUGUCAAGCGCUAAAGCCUGAAUGUAACCGAGAGUCUGUCAAAAAUAUUGAAGCAAGAAGCAGGAAGGUCGAGGAGGGAUGGUCAGCAAAAUUCUCUGAGUUCUCCUUCUUUGACAAUGUGACCAAGGAUGCUCCAAUGUCAACAUGUGUAAAAGGUGGGGUCAUUGAAAGCACCACAUUCUUGGAGGCACCACGAAAGCCUUCACAACGACCACCUCGUGAGUUGACAAGCGAUAGGCGAAGUCCCAUUGUUUCAACAACACCGAAACAGAAUUCUUCAACUACCUCUCGGUUGAGAUGCGCUCGAACACCUGGCAGCAGUGGCAGUGGUGCGUCAAAGACUCCACAAGAAAGGCCUAAACUGCCCCCACCAGUAUCAAUACACAACACUGAUUCUGAUGAUGACUUCUUCGAUCUCUAG